CCUGUAGUUUCCUUCCACUCAUUUUCUGACUUAGGCCACAGGUCGUUUUACCAUGUCUGGACGUGGCAAGCAGGGCGGCAAGGCUCGCGCCAAGGCCAAAACCCGCUCCUCUAGAGCCGGGCUCCAAUUUCCCGUAGGGCGAGUGCACCGUCUCCUCCGCAAGGGCAACUAUGCUGAGCGGGUCGGGGCCGGCGCGCCGGUGUACCUGGCGGCCGUGCUGGAGUACCUGACUGCCGAGAUCCUGGAGCUGGCGGGCAACGCAGCCCGCGACAACAAAAAGACCCGCAUCAUCCCGCGCCACUUGCAGCUGGCCAUCCGCAACGACGAGGAACUCAACAAGCUGCUUGGUAAAGUUACCAUCGCUCAGGGCGGUGUUCUGCCUAAUAUCCAGGCCGUACUGCUCCCCAAGAAGACUGAGAGAUCAGACUCUCAGUUAAUCUCUCCUAAAUCCAGGAAAGGACAAGAAAGGGAAAGCCUGGCAACAAAUGGAAAUUUCCCCCACAAAAGACUGAUCUGCAGGGCCUCAUCGGUCUCCGGGCCCUGAGGCAGCCAUUUUAAA